ACUUCCUCAUGUUGUAAACGCUUGUAACUCAGCGACAUGGUAAACAUAAGGUUUGAACAUUUGAUAAAGCCUUGAGAAGACUCACAGAUACAAUGGACGACCGCCAGCUAGACCUAACGGAGGAACAGAAAACUACCAAGUCGAAAUAUCCUCCAAUAAACAAGAAAUAUGAAUACCUUGAUCACACUGCAGAUGUACAAAUCCACUCCUGGGGAAGCUCUCUGGAGGAAGCGUUUGAGCAGUGUGCCAUGGGCAUGUUUGGCUACAUGACCGAUACAGAGACAGUAGAACCGAUAGAUACUGUUGAUAUCGAGUCAGAGGGUGACGACCUGGAAUCUCUUCUUUUCCACUUCCUAGACGACUGGCUGUACAAGUUUUGUGCAGAUCCCUUCUUUGUUCCCAGGGAAGUCAAGGUUUUGAACAUAGACAGACUUAACUUCAAGAUUCGCUCCAUUGGUUGGGGGGAAGAAUUCUCACUUGAAAAACAUCCACAGGGAACUGAGGUGAAAGCAAUCACUUACUCAGCGAUGCAGAUCUACGAUUCAGAUAAACCAGAGAUAUUUGCCAUUGUGGACAUUUGACAACAACUCCAGAAGCAGACUACUUUUUUGGUUCAGUGAAUGGACUGAAACUGAUGUAUCUACAUGGCCAAUUCAAGUGGUCUUUUAUAAUUAAUGCAGUGAUUUUUGACUCACUAAUCUUGUACUUAAAGGUUGAACUGUUUAUCUAUUUCUCUGGUAUUAUCACACUACACUAAGAGAUCUCUCUUUCAUAUUACAGAUUAAUGAUUUGUUUUUGAUAUCACUAAAAUUGCAUCAGAUUGGAAGUCACAAAAUAUAAAACAUAAAUGUAGUGGAACAUCUUUGGAUUAGAAAAAGAUACAAACAUUAAUCAAAGGUGAAAGUGAAACUGCUGUUUUACUCAAUGUAAUGGCAUUUGAAACACAGUUGUUAACCCCUUUUUCAAUGUUAAUAUGUUAUUUUAGCACAUUUGAAAUUGUGUCGAUACCUUAAUCAUUGUAACAAAUCAAAAGAUGCUUAUUUUUCUUCAGUGGCAUAAAUUAAACGAUAAUUUUGAA